AUGUGGGAGGGCGCCAGGGGGCGGCGGUAUCGAACGUGGGCGCGCCGCCCCGCGCUACUGAAGCCCUACGAGCGCCGAACGGCGGGCGGCGGACGAGCUAUCAGCCAGUCCACAGACAGACACCGAGCGCGCCGAUUGUGUCUCUUGCGCCGAACGUACACGGGAUACCCAUUUAAUAACACAAUACAAUGGACAGACUGUGUUAAAACACCGGUAUACUAA